CUUUACUUUUCCUAUCUUCUGCCGGAGAAAAGAUAAACAAGUUGGAAGUUCGAUAAGUGUUCUAAGAGAUGGAAAAAUCAGAUUUGUCCAGAUAAGAUAACCUUCAAACGAUCAGACGGUAUAGUAAUAUGGAGUCGACGAAAAAAACCGGCUGAUUUGUUGAUGUUUCAUACGAUUAAUUGUGGUCCUCGAAGAAAAGGCGAAAAUGAUGAAAAUAUCGGCACUUAACGAAGAAUCAAGCGAGGAAAGUGAAGAAGAAGAUGUGCCUACAAUUACGAAAGAAGCUCAAGAACAAAUAGCACUUACUGAGUACAAUAAAGCCUUAGAAUUAUUAAAAGAAAAUAAACAUAAGGAAGCUUUGAAUAUUUUUAAAGAGCUUUUAGAAACUGAAUUGCUGGAUGAAGUUGAAAAACCUGAAAUAUCAGAUGGCAGAUCAAGGCCUAUGUUGUCAUUAAAAUAUUCGUGUUAUAAAAAUAUUGGAGCUAUUGAAGCGGUAUGGGGAAAUUAUGGGGCUGCCAUAGAAAAUUAUUGGGAAGCAGCUAAUUUAGAUGAUUCCGAUGUAAUAUUAUGGUAUAGAAUGGGUACCAUGGCUAUGAAAAUUUCUAAUUUAGAAUUAGCUUGUUCAUCUUUUAAACAAGGACUGAAAUGUAAUUCAAACCAUUGGCCAUGUUUGGAUAACAUUAUAACUGCCCUAUAUGCUGUACCAGACUACAUGAAUUGUCUUUUAUAUAUUUCUGUAGCAUUAGAAAGAGAUCCAAAUUACAUUAAAGGCUUAGCUUUCAGAGAUAAAAUUUUCAAAGCUAUUCCAUGUUUAGAAGAAUGUUAUAAAUUGUAUAACAGUGACUGGAGGUUAGAUCCACCACUGUAUACAGAGUACAAUCAUAUAAUAGGAGAUAAAUUACUAGCAGAAGCAGAAGAAGUGGCAGAGAAAUGGGCAGAAGUAUGCAAAUCAGAGUUUAUUCCAAAACCUGUGCCAGAAUUAACAUUAAGGAAACCUAUAACUAAUUAUACAUGGCUUGAUAUUGGAGAAAGUUUAUUAGAUAUGCACAGAUACAUUACUGAAAGUGAUUUAAGCUUUGUAAGUCGAAUUAAAUUAAUAGUUAAUAUGCCUAAUAUCGAAGCCAUAGAUAAAGAUGAUGAGUGUGAUGUCCAAGAAACUAAUGUAGAUACAGAUAUGCAAGAAUCACAAUCCCCAGGUUUAAAUGGCACAACAAAUGACAUAGAUAAAAAUAUGAAAAUUGACAAAGAAGAAAUAGUAAAUAACACAUUUGAAGGAUCUGAAAUUAAUGGAAGAUUUAAUGAUGUAUCAAACACAGCAAUGGAUAUGGAAAUAGAAGAAGAUAAAAAAUCAUGUUCAACGGAUAUACAGAUAAUAGAAGAUGAAGAUCCUUUAAGAAUUUCAGAUUUAGAUGUUUUAAAUGAGGUAUUACAAUUUGAAGAACCAAACCAAACAAAAAAUACAGAAUUAGAUGAACAAAUUAUGUCUGAAACUGAAGGUAAUAGUGAAAAACCUCAAGUUGAAAAAGCAAAGGGUGAUGCAUAUAGUACUGAUAAUGGAAUAAUCAAUGAAAAGUCCAGUGAUAGAGAAAGCGACAAGUCCAAUGAUAAGAUCUAUGAUAAACCUGCUGAAAAUCUAGCAGAAGUACCUAAGAUAGAUGAGAAAUCUAAUGAAAAAACAGAAGGAAAAGACGAAGUUCAAAAAGUAAAAAAAAGACGUAGAAGUGCUCUGUGUUUUUUACAGCAAUGGGCUUGGAGUUGUAGUAGCAUGAGACGAUCGGCGCGAGUACGUAGUUCAAAUCGAAGAGAAGCUGAAAGAGAUGACGUUCAGUUAGAAGAAACACUCAGAAGAAUAUUCCCAAGCACGUUAUUAUCAGAUACAGUAAAAUUAACAAAAGAUGAUACUACAAAAAGUAUGGAUGAUACUAUGGAUACAAUGGAUGUAUAUCAAUUAUUUGUAAAUCAAGAAAAUAAUACUGCUUCUGCAGAAGGAAUAAAAAGUUCUGAUAGUUCUAAAUCACCAAGUCCUGAUACAAGUCAACAAACAAAAUAUUUUGGAACAGAAUUAGAAAAUGUUGAUGUGGGUGCAUUUAUUAAUGAAUAUAGUAGCAAGAAUAAUUUAAUGAUAAUCAUAGCAAAAUUCACAGAAUUCAUAUGUACAAAAUGGACUCAAGAAUGGCCAAAAGGAUUGUCAGAAAUUUAUUUGGAAGCUUAUUUAUUUACAAGAGAGCAUAUUCCACAUCCAUCACCAUUUGAUGAAAAUAUAGAUGAUAAUAUUCUAAAAUUAGAUGCUGAAAUGACACUAUUAUUCGGAGAGCUUCAUACAGAUAAAUGGUUAGAUAAUAAGCCUGAUCUUAUAGCAUCAUCAAGUUUAGACAAACUAGGUACUGGCAUGCCUUCAGAGGAAUUAGGUCAUAUAAUAUUUACUAGUAUUCGAGGAGACCUUUUACAUCAAGAAAAUAUUUUCAUUUUAUUAAGAGUUCUAUGGCUAAAAGCUACUAUCUUCUUAUGUCAAGGUGACACAGAUAUCGUUAUUGAAACCUUAGAGUUGUUGCUGCAUCAAUUAAGAGAAUUGGAAGGUCAAAAUCACAAUAUUUGCCUUAUAUUACCAAAUUGUAAAUGUAAUUCUCAAAUCAGUCUUAAAAUAGUGGAAAAAAAACUGAAGUCUAUACAGAGGAGUCAAAAACUUGGUGAAAUACAACACUUAUAUGAUGAAAAAAAAUAUGCGGAAUUGUCUUGCGUUUUACAAGAUACAUUCAAAUUUGCAAGACAGAAACAUAAAUUACUAUCUGCCAAUCAAAAUAUAAUUGAAAGAGAUAAACAAUUAGCUAUCUUAUUAGAUAGCUUAUGGCAACUUCAACAUUAUGAGGAAUGUUAUGUAUGGGCAGAAGCUUGUCUCAAUGAAUCAUGGCAAAAUUAUUUGAAUGCUUGUGAAGAUGCUGAACAAAAAAAAUGGACACGUUCUGUCGUAAAUUGUCUUGAAAAACUAGAAGCUUGUACAAAAGAGAUAAGUGUAUUUGUAGUAAAAUAUUUACCAGAAUCUUGUCUUUCAAGAUUAGUGCAAAAUUUAGUUCACAUAGUAUGUCAUCAAUUGGAUAUACCAGAAAAUGCAUUAGAGAUGCCACUUGAAACUGUCUUACCCUGGAUUCUAUUACAUUAUAUUUUGCAAUAUGAAGAAGAUAAAGAGAGAGCAAAGUCUGAAUCAUCUUAUAAAAACAAAGCACAUAAUUCACACAAUUCUGAAUCGGAUGAUGAAGAUGAUGGUAUUCCACCUUCCAUAAUGAUUCUAUUUAUUGCUCACGAUUUUAUAGGCAAACACUCGUGGUGUUGCUUUCAUGAUGCAAAGCUCUUAUUCUUUACAAUGAAUUUGAUCAUACCAAAACUGGAAACUCCACAAUUUUCUACUAUAAAAAGCAAACUUACUAAAUAUUUGGAGCAAAUUUUCUAUUGUUUAUAUGGUCAUCCAAAUAGAUUAAAUAAAUCCAAACCUAAGCAUCUCGAGGAGCAUGGAGCACCUCAAAUGGAAUUAACAUGGGAAGGAGCACAAUUAUUAUUCGAUUUUUAUAAACCGAAACAAAUGCCGAUAUUAGAAUCUCCAAGACUUGCUGCUAUAAGUUUAGAUACAGAACUAUUGUUUAAAAAAAUAAUUAGAUUAAUUCCACAAGAAAGUGAUCCAAACCAAAUAAUCGAAGAAAUGAAAGACUAUAUAAUGGGUGAAAAAGAAAAGAUGCCAUGUGUCAACAAGCCCCUACCACAUUCUAUAUCUUCUAUUUAUUACUUAUUAGGUGAUUUCUAUUUUAAAAAUAACAAAUGGACACUCGCUGCGCGAUAUUACUUACUAGAUUUAUGUCUUCGCCCAUCCGGAUUAAAUUCCUGGGCAGGUUUAGCCAUGUCAACAGGAACUAUAAUAGACAUUUGGUUAACCAACUAUAGGCUUAUAAGUGAAGAUAAGUUAUUAAUGAAAGCCAAAAUAGCUCAAUCCAGUUAUCGACACGCUACCGAAUUAGCACCCAAUCAUGUAAUAAUCUGGACCGAAUAUGGAAGUUUUGUUUAUAUGGUUCAUUCAUUUUGUUCACGUUUGUUAAAACAAGAGACUGAUACUUUAAGUAUGGAAAAAUUUGAAAUAUUAGAAAAUAGAAAAGAGGAAAUGUUGGAAAUUGCAGAGCAAUGUUUUCAAUCAUCCAAUCGAUUAUUUAUGGCAUGUCAUGGAAUUGACAACAUUAAUAAAAUACAGGACGAAAGAUGGUUGUGUCAAUAUAUGCUUGGUAAAAUUGCAGAGAAAAAAAAUGAAGAUCCACCUAUAUUUCUAAGUUGUUAUGCACAGGCUAGUAAAUUAUUAUAUGAAAAUAAUGCAGAGUAUCCUCGUAGAAUUAGUCAUAAAAAUCCACAAUACCUUUCUAUUGAAGCAUUAGAAGUGCAUUAUCGAAUUCAUGCAAGUAUAUUAAAAUAUCUUGAACAACAUGAAGGUAAACCUCUAAAAAAAUCAUUAGGACAAUUGUUUCAAUGGCAUCUUAAAAACUGUUCUGAAGGACCUUUUAUGAAAUUUCAAUCAAAACUAUGUGAAAAAAAGAAAGAAAAUGAUUCAGAUGCUGAUACUAAAACUAUUGGAAAGGAUCCUGAUAAUUUAUCAGAAACAUAUAAAAAUGUUGUGAACGUUAAUCAACGUUCCUACAGUAUUGAAGAAAUUGAAAUUAUAGAUAGAAACAUACAAGAUAAAAAUCUUGAUGGCAAUCGAACUACUGAAACAUUAAAAUCCGAAACCCGUAAAAGAUCUUUAGAUAAUCAGUCUAAUGAUAAUACAAAACGAUUAAAAUUGGGGAAUAUUUCUCAUCUUCAAUUGAUGCAGGAUGUUGUAGCUUUAAUAGAUGAUUUAAUUACAAAAGUUUGUGACAUGGUAUUGCAAAAGGAAAAGGUAACAGAUGAUAUUAUGGUAUUAUCAAGUGAUGAAAGUAAUGAAACUAAAUAUCAAAAGAAAAGAGGAGAAUCGGUAAAAAAUAUUGAUACUAAUAAAAUACAAUCAAAAAUGGAAAAAAAUAAAAAAAACAUAUUAGAGAUGUCCAAAGCAAAUAACAUAUUUGAUUCUUGUGAAAAAAGUGAAAAUGUGCAAGAUUUAAUGGAUGCUCUUAUGAAACAAGCAAUGGAAAUGAGCCAAGAAACACAACAAUCUUUACCUGAUGAUGACGAUACAAGAAAAUUUGAAGGAAAAUGGCUUCAAAAUGAAGAUUUACAAACUACUGAUAAGGAAACAAAAGAUAAAAUAGGAGACAAAAAGAAAGUGCAUACAUCUGCUCCUAAACAAGAAGCUACUUUAAGUAGAAGAGGCUCUCAAGAAAGUACUACAACAACACAAACAACAACAACGACAGAAACAAAUAAUUCUAGUUCAAGUAGUAGUGAUGAAUCCAGUAGUAGUGAAGAUAGUUCUGAAAGUGAUAGUUCAAGUGACAGUGAUAGUGAUUCUAUUGAAAGUGAUAUUGAGAAAAAAAAGAGAGAUAGUGAUAUCAUAGAAAAAGAAGAAUAUAUGACUGAUGAAGAAGUAGCAACUUUAAUCGCGUAUUGCCUGGCAGGGUUGGAACAGUGCAUAUUAAGGUUUAAUGAACAUCAUAAAUCUUUUUAUCGACUUGCUCAUUUUUUCUUUAACAAUAGAACAGCUAAAGAUACUACUAAAUGUAAAGAUUUAUUAUUGGGUACAUACAAUUGUCAAUUUUAUCCUGGACAAAGCUUUCAAGGACUUUUCGCGGAUAGGAAGAGUACCAAUUUUUUUAGCGGUGUGUGGCAUAUACCAAAUCGUGAAAUUGAUAGACCAGGAAGUUUUGCAUCACAUAUGUCAAGAUGUGUAACACUACUUAUGCAAGUAUUAAAAGAAACAAAUGAUAGUCGAAUGUUAAUGCAACUGUGUAUACAACUUGCAAAGAUACCAGAUUCUGACAAGAAAUACUUACGUGAUUCUGAAAGAGAGCAAUUAUCUCGUCAAGCUUUAACUCUUUGUUUACAAUCUUUGAGGAGUAGAGUACAUACAAUGGGAUCACCUAGUACAAUAGAUAGCGUGCACCUUAUAAGAACAGAUUCAAGAACUCAAGUUUUAUUGGAUGUAUAUAAAAUAUAUCAGCAAAUUCAAAAACAUUUUCAAAAUAAAGAACCAACUGUACAAGCAUUUGCUUCAUUACUUAUAGAUACUUAUAAAACCUACAUUGGUAACAAAAAUUUAGAUGGAAACAUUUUGGAAAUGGCUAUUAAAUGUUGCCAACGACAAAUAUUAGCAAAUAAAAUAGCUGCAACAAAUAAUGCAGGAAGUAAUAAUUCACAAACUUCAGUUGCUUCUUCAAGCCCGGCAACUACAUCUCAAACACAAAUUAAUUCAACAUCACCUCAAGCAUCCCAAAAUCGUAAGCCCUACAGGAACUUAACAUCAACAGGUAGACCAAGGGGAAGACCACCGAAUGUUAACAAAUACUUACAAGCAAUGCAGCAAGGUGGUAACAUUAUGAAUCAAUUUAAUUCUAAGAAUACUUUUGCUAAUUAUAUAGGUACACCAGGGAAUCGUGCACUAAUGAACCCUUAUUUUAUGAAUCCAUUGAUUGAUCCAAAUAUGUUAUCAGCAAUGCUUGCUAGUAGUUUAGGUGGUAACAUGAUGGAUCCUUUAUCAGCCAUGACUUAUUUAAACCAAGUAGGAAAUUAUCAAGACAUUCUUAGACAAUAUCAAACGAACCUUUCAUCAUUAUCUAAUUUAACAAGCAGCUUAGCAAAUAGUACUACUGCUACUGUACCCAGCAUUAGUAAUAUACAAACAAUGAGUACAUCCACUUCUAAUACAACUACACCCAGUAGUAUAUCUAAUCUUAAUAAUAUAAACACAUUAACAGUACAGCAAUUAUUGAAUUUAAGUAAUUCUACAGUUCAAAAUACGCGAUCAACACCAACGUAUCAUCAAGCAACGACUAAAACAACUACAACCACAUCAGUAACUAAAGAUAGGCCUAACAUAUCUAUAACUCCAGUAAGUACGUCAUUACCUCAAAAAAGCAAACCUAGUAGGCCAAGUCCACAAACUGAUGCAUUACCUGUUCAUAUUCCUAAAUCUCUUCAAAUUUCACAAGCUUCUAAAACUAUUUCUCAUCCUUCAACAACACAGGUUUCACUUCUUAAACCAUCUAUUAUCCAGCAAGUUAAAACAAGUCCACCAAAACAAAUGACUGCACCCCAAAUUCGAGUUUCCAAAUCAUUAACUGAGCCUCAACCUGCACAUAAUUCUUCGCUAUCGCAUGCACCUUUAAAAAAUAACAGUCCAUCAAAUUCAAGUGUAGUACCACAAGUAGCACAUGCAUCAAUAAGUCAAUCUUUAAAUUUAAAACCAUCACUGCCAAUGAAUUUACCUACAUCUAGAUCAGGAACUUCAUUACAACAUAAAUUACUAUCAAAAAAAAAUUCUCAGAGACCAUAUCAUCACACAUACGUACAAGGUUCUUUACGAAAACAGAAGCUUAUUAAUAAAAAUGUACCGAUUAUGUCAAGUAAUUUUCCCAACAUGGUAAAUAAUAUGACAGGAAAUUCAUCAUUAGGACAAACGUCUUAUAUACCUACUGAACUAAGUGGGAUAUCUGUAAGUCCAGUAGCACAAUCUGGAGUAAAAGGGUCAAAUGUCAAAGUUAGUAAUUAUAAAAGGCCUUCAACAAAACCGAAAUCUGUUAUAAUGGAUGUACCAAAUCCAUUAUCAAAUUCAUUUCCACAAACAACCUCUGCAGAAGCACUUUCUAUGUUGUCUCAAUUGCAGCAACAUUCACAUUUAGAAAUAAUACCUCAACAGAAAAGUCAAAUAAAGACAAAUGUAGAUUUUCCAAAAAAUCUUUCUUCAGCAGUAAGUGUUGUUCCACAAAAAGUUUCUGAAACAUUGAGACAACCAAAUUCAGAUUGUAUGACAUUAUAUGAUCUGCCAAGAGGAAAAUCUGGCAAAAAAGUUGAUAAAUCUGCAAAUGAUAGUGUAGAGAUCAUUACAUUGGAUGAUUAAAAAUUUCUGAUAAGUAACAAUAAUGUUAUUUUCAACAGCUUUAUCAUGAGGUAAUAAAUUUUUCCAUUCAUCUUUUGUUACCUAUGUACAUGUUGCAUAAAUUAUAUAAUUAAGUAAAAAUAAUUAGCACAACUCUAUCAAAUAAGAUUAGUAUCUAUUUAAUAAAAUUCAAUUACUUUUUAAUCCUUCAUUAACAAAAUAAAAAUUAUAUAUUACAAUCAGAUAGAUGAUUGUUAUGUAAAGACUGAAUAAGCGUAAUAGAUUAUAUAAGAAUAUCAUUUUUAAGGUAAUCCAGAUUAGAUUGGGAUCCAUAAAUUAUUUACUAAUCUUAUAAGUCAUUAAAAUGUUACAACAUGUACAAACACGAAAAAAUCUUUACAGAAUAUAUAACUCAAAAUUUUCUUCACAUUGCUAAUGAAGGAUUCAAAAGUAUUAUAUAAACCUUUGUGAAUAAAUAUAUUUAUAAAAUUCAUAUCUUUAUUAAUUGUUUAUUUUCAUACGAAUGUACAUACCAUAAAUGCAAAAACGUCAUCAAAAUGUAUUAGAAAGAGUUCAUGCAUAUUUGUUAAAAAUUCAUAUUUAUGUCAGUAUUCUAUGUGACCUAUACUAUUGAAAUUUAUACGCUUAUGUAUAAUCUUCUUAUGUAUAUGAAUAAGAUAUAUAUAUUUAUUAUUAUACAUAUUUAUUUCCGAGUUAUAUUUUAUCCCACAAAUUUUUAACAAGACUGAAUAGUUUCUUGUAGCAGUAAUAAAGUCAAAUUUUUAUUAUAUAUUGAAAGAAAUAUCAAAAAUUCGUUUUAAGUAUAUUUCUAGUACAUCAAUC